AGGAGGCGGCCAUCUUGAGUGAGGGCAGGGCGCCGCUUCGCCUUCAUCCAAGAUGGCGGCGCUUUUCUUAUUUUCCCUUCGCUUUUAAACGUUUUGGGAGCCUUUUAAAUGAAAAGGAUAAAACCUAGAGAAGGGAAGAAAUCCUAUUUCAACGGUUUUUAGGGGCUUUAGCGCCCCCCCACACGCACGGGGGGUGCAGAACUACAAAUCCCGAGAGGCAGCGGGGCGCCGGCACAUGCGCGGUGUGUGCGGUGUUGCUGCCGCACGUGUGCGGCCGAGCGGGCAGCGCGGCCCUGAGGUAUCGGCGCCCCCCGAGGGGGCGUCCCGACGGUUAUUUUAUUUCGGUUCAAGUCUGCAGUCUGGCUUAUCACACGGUACUUGAAACAAUUCUACCAGCACCAACGGUUUGAGGGAGAAGGGAGACGCUUCCCCUGAGAGAAAUAUCCAUCAAAUUCCAGUCUGUCUGUGCAAGAGCAAAUCCAGGCCGCCCCAGACCCUUUGCUUUCUUGUAAAUGGGCGGAUUUUGGUAUCGUACAGACUGCUCCUAACAAAAGGAAGAGAACUGUUAACUAGUCACAAAUGCUUCUUGUCAGAAUGAAUUUCCUACAGCUACUGUCCAGGAAACCCGAGAGACUGGAAAUGAUUUUUCGACUACGAUAUUGCAAAAAGCAGUUCCCAUACAUGUGUCUGGCUACCUCUGCUUGUCUUUAUAGCAAAAAGAAAAAAGUGAACGGUUAUGAACAAGUUGAUCAAGAAAAAUACAACAGCUUGGUCUAUUCUGUUACAUCUUACAAAGCCAGUGCCCAAACACCAGAGACAAUACUUGAAGAAGACGGUUUGUUAUAUGGACAACCACUUAAACACGCAGCUCCAAAUGAAGCUGAAACAAACACUCCCAAGAACUGGGUUCCUCUCAUAAACCCCAACAAGAGAGCUCCACUUCUUGACAGCGAUUCCAGCCUUCCCAUGAAAAUUGCUUUACAAAAAACAAAAAUACCCAGUGUUACCCGUAUCCUUCAACAGACCAUCCCUCCGCAGCAAGCCUUUUACCUAGAAAGAUGGAAGCAGAAAAUGAUACUGGAACUUGGGAAGGAUGGUUUUGCAGAGUAUACUAAAAAUCUUUUCAUCCAAGGAGAGCUCUUCCAUGCAGCUUUGGAAUCUAUGUUUUUACCUGAAGACUUGGCAACUAAGGAGCAGGGAGAAGACACUGCUAUUUCUGGCUACUUAACAAGCGUGCAACAUGUCUUAAAAGAUAUCAGUGAAGUCAAGGUUCUGGAAAGCGCAGUUCAGCAUGAAACUCUUCAGUAUCUGGGCCUGGUAGACUGCGUGGCUAAGUAUCGAGGCCAGUUGUGUGUGAUUGACUGGAAGACAUCAGAGAAACUGAAGCCGUCUCUGAAGAAUACUUUUGACAACCCGCUGCAGGUUGCAGCAUAUGUUGGAGCCAUAAAUCACGAUGCCAAUUACGACUUCCAGGUCAGUUGUGGACUCAUAGUGGUUGCCUACAAGAACGGUUGCCCCGCACAUCCGCAUUUCAUGGAUCCAGACCUGUGCUCACAGUACUGGAGUAAGUGGCUUCUGCGCCUCGAGGAAUACAUGGACAGAAACUGACCCAAACUAAGCUAUACAAGUGGUCAAGGCAAGUGGUCUGAGCACAGAUCCAAGGCACAAAUCUUUCUUUUUUUUUUAAAUCUUUUUUUUUUAAUACUGUAAGUAAUAUUCUUUUUUUAGUAACUUGAGCUAAUUUCUUAAUAUUGUUUUUCCCCUUAGAAAAAAAAGGAAAGAAAAAUCAGAACGGGGAAUGCAUAUUUGUCUAAGUUGUAGGAGACUUCAGUCAGUUGAAUUAUCCUUUUUUCAUUUUUGAGAAAAAGCUGUCGCAGAGCUUGAGACUCUGAAAAUGGAAUGGGUAAACUAAAGCAAAACAACAUCUGCGUUGUCUGUGCUGAGAGAAAUGUAAACAAUGAAUGAAUGUAGUAGACUGGGUUUCAGCCAGCUUAGUUCUUGCCCAUUUCAAAGAUAUCUAUUAACAGGUCUGUUACUAUUUGUUGCUGUAAGAAAAAAUACAAUUGGGAAAACUGCUCGAUGAAUUACAACCAAACUCUCAUAAGUGCUUGUUUAAAAUACUGAGUAAAAGUUGAUUGUAUAACAGAAGUGGCUUAGGAACAGAGGGGCAGAACUGUUACACUUAAAAAUUUCCAGCAAGUGUUCUGAAAGGUGGGAAGUUUGACUGCUUCUGGUAAGCCCUCCUGCAGGUUUCUUAACGGGCUGCGUAGCCCACAUAAAAUAAAUACGAAAGUGUAAAUGGGCUUUGGGCCCUAGGUUGUGACCUUACAGUGGGCUCUACAGGCCAGGUCUGCGACUGUCUAGGGCUCUUCUGACUUGGCUGUGGGUCUGCGGGGACAAGGAGCCUUCCCAUAUGGAACUAUCUCCAGUGUCAGGUUGUAGCGUUUGUCAGUGCAAGUACAUUUCCUUGUAACAGUCCCAGACUUGUGACUUUGAAGCUGGGCCUUCUGAGGGACAAAGAGCUGCUUUUUUUUUUUUUUGAAUUGUUCUUGUUUGUUUGUUUUCAAAUACAUUUGUGAAUAAAUGUU